CCUUGACCUGGGCAGUCUUCAUCACACCUACACAUCCCGAACUGGCCAUCUACAUUGCAUUGCUGGCACUCUUCCAUCUGUUGGAAUACUGGAUCACAGCUCGGUACAACACUGUACGCGUCUCAACAACCUGUAAUCAAGUGACUAGAGGUGUGACAUCGCUGACCACAGCUUUCCUCCUGACAAGCAACGGAAAGGCGUACUGGAUGGCUCUCAUUUCAGGUAUUUUAGAGCACACAAUAAUCUCUCGUCGCUAUACUGCUACGACAUUGGGUCAAGGUCGCGUGCCAGUGGCUUUCUCGCUGGGAUUCGUUCUUCUUAUGAUUGGCCAAGCAGUGAGGUCACUGGCGAUGAUUCACGCAGGCAAGAGUUUUUCUCAUCAACUCGCAGUACAGAAACAUGACGAGCAUGUCCUCGUGCAGGAUGGCAUUUACAAGUUAGACUCUCUUCCUCGUCUCCACGCUGACUCAAGAUACAUGAGACAUCCCUCCUACUUUGGCUUCUUUUGGUUUGGCGUUGGUACGCAGAUCAUGAUGUCCAAUGUGCUAAGCACAUGCAUGUUUGCCGUUGUCCUGCAUCGCUUCUUUUCCGCACGCAUCAGAUAAGUGUAUGCAAUACUUGAAACUAUGCUAACAUCACGGCAGAAGAAUACUGGCUCAUCAAGUUCUUCGGCAGUGAUUAUAUCGAAUACAAGAAGAAAGUCCCAAGCAGACUCCCAUUCAUCCCCUAGAGAAAUGAAUCACGAG